AUGUGGCAUGAUACAGACGGACCCGUAAACGAGGACGUCGAAGCUGCUGAGCUGCUGUUCCACCGGCGCCACCAGCCUCCGUCGUUGCCGCCAGCGCCCGCGGGGCUGACCUCCGAGCAGGUCAAGCGGCGCCACAUCGUGCAGAGCGUCGUACACAGCGAGAACAACUAUGUCGCCUCAUUGCAAAGUCUAGUCAAUGAUUACAAGAAGGUGAUGGAGGAGGCGCACCCGCCGGUGCUGAACUCUGCCAAGAUAUCUGUCAUCUUCAAACGCGUGCCCGAGAUCCUGCAGUGCCACACGCUGUUCCGGAUCGCUCUGGCCGAGGCUGUCCGCCAGUGGGACGCCGAAGAGCGCAUCGGCGACGUGUUUGUCGCGUCCUUCUCCAAGGCCAUCGUGCUGGACAUCUACUCUGAUUUCAUCAACAACUUCUCCGUCUCCAUGGAGACCAUCAAGCACGAAGCGAAACGGAAGAGCGCGUUCGCCGACUUCUUGAAGAUGCGGCAGAUCAGCUCACUGGACCGGCUGUCGCUGUUCGGCCUGAUGGUGAAGCCGGUGCAGAGGUUUCCGCAGUUCAUUCUGCUUCUGCAGGAUCUGCUGAAGCACACUCCUCAGGGUCACCACGACAGGAUGUCGCUGCAGCUGGCGCUGACGCAGCUCGAGUCGCUGGCAGAGAUGCUCAACGAGAGGAAGCGCGAAUCGGAACAGUUCAAGGCCUUCCGCGAGACGCUUCGACGUCUGAACGGCAAGUUCUCGAUGCGCUCUCUGGCCGACACGAACCGCUACCUGCUGCGCGAGGACAACGCCACGCGGCUCGAGUUCGGCACCAACGGCUCCAUCAGCAAGUCCAAGAGCCGGCGCCUCUUCCUGCUCAACGACCUGGUGGUGUGCGUCAGCGUGGCGGGAAAGCCGGCCGACGAGACGGCCGCCGCCGAGCGACUCACGCUCAAGUGGUCGGUGCCGGUGACGGACGUCGAGAUCCAGGAGGCCAGCACCUCGCUGACGCUGAGCCACGUGAUCACGGCUACGACGCGGCCGCCGGGCGGCGCGCGCCCCGCCGACGAGGCUGCUGCCGGCGCGCUCACCAACGUCGGCCAGCUCUGCCACAAGAUGAGCAACCUGAUGCACGAUUACGAAGUGGUGUCGCGCAUCGGCUCGCUUGUCGACACGCUCAAGGGCGAGUACCCGGGCCUGACGACGGCGCUGACGGCGCAGAUAGCCGCCUCCAUCCAGCGCUCGAUCCGGCAGAAGGACGAGGAGAUCGCCUGGCUGGACGCCUGCUGUCUGCAGCUGGCGGUGCGGCGGGCCGGCCGCGAGGAGCACUUCACCUUCCAGCUCGAGUCGCCCGCCAAGAAGCGCGAGUGGACCACCGACUUCCGGCUGGCCCAGCUCGCUCUCGACGAGAACAACUCUCGGGCCUGGGACGUGCCGGAGCGGGAGCAGCGGCCCAUCACCAGGGUGCCGCUCUUCGUCAAGACGAUGCCGGUGGUUUCGCCAGUGCCCGCUGGCACCGACACUGAGGUACAGUGCGGCUGCUUCUACAGCGUCACCAUCGUCAAGCCCACCCAGCGCACGCGCGAGCAGAGCUACCUCUGGAUCUGCACCACCGAUGGUGUCAACAGCUUCGUCAUCAUCUACGCCAUGCAGCAGGUGGGCUUCCGAGAUGUGCUGCGGUUCGAGCUGCCGGCCGAGCGGGUCACGGCCAUGCAGUUUGUGCCGGGGGAGCCGACCGAGGCCGGCUGCCGCUCGGGUGCCGUCUGGCUCAGCACGACCGCCGGCAGAGUGCUGCUGUACUCGGCGCAGGAGCCGGAGCGAUGUCAGCAGACGGGCGCCGCGCCGCUACCGUCGCCGGCGCGCCGGCUGGUGGCGCUCGGCGGCGCCGUGUUCGCCGCGCUCGAGAACGGCGCCGUGGCCGUGCUGGAGCACGGUGCGGACGGCGGCUGGCAGCCUGGGCCGCCAUCCCUGCUGCCGCUCGGCGAGCGGCCCGUCUCCUGCCUGCUGCCCAUCGGCGGCGCCGUGUACGCCGGCUGCGGCCGCCGCGUGUCCGUCAUCGAUGCCGUCACGCGUGACGUCACGAAGAGCUUCACGGUGCAGGAGCACGAGUCGUCCGGCGACGUGCACCUGCUGGCCCACAGCGGCAUCGGCCUGUGGAUCUCGCUGGCGCACAGCUCCACCAUCUGUCUCUACCACACGGAGACCUUCCGCCACCUGCAGGACAUCAACGUGGCGUCCAACAUCUCGCGCGUCAUGGGCGACGGCGUGCGCGGCUCUGUGGCCGUCACGGCGCUGGUGGCCGGCCGCGGCCUGCUCUGGGUCGGCACCAGCGUCGGCGUCACGCUUACCAUCCCGCUGCCGCGGCUGGAGGGCGUGCCCAUCAUCUCGGGCCGCGGCAACAUCUCGUACCACGCGCACUGCGGCGCCGUCACCUACCUGCAGGUGCUGAGCGCGCCGGCGGCGCGCGCGCUGGCGCCGGCCGCGCCGCGCGAGAGUGUCAUCCACGAGGAGGCGCCCGCUGAGGCGGCUGGCCGCCUGGCCAAGCGGCGCUCCGACACCAGCCUGAGCGACUCCAAGAAGAGCGUGCGCAUCCAGCCGCGUUUCAGCAGUCCGUCGCUGCUGCGCAAGCGCUCGCGCGACCGCGACAACAUGACGCGUCGGCUUUCCAAGACGCUGCCGCGCGGCAUGAGUCUCCUCUCGGCCAGCGGCAGCGUGUGCGACGACGUGUACGGCCUGUACGGCAACCUGCUGAACCUGCACGGCUUUGACGAGUCGCGCGAGCUGGGCGAGCUCAGCGAGCACGUGCGCCGCAGCGACCCGGAGCUGGCCGGCCUGCCGCACAAGAUGGCCACGCUGGACCGGCGGCUGCAGCUGCGCGCCGGCCGGCCGCGCUCUCUGGACCUCUCCAGCUGGUCGGUGGACUCUCGCUCGUCGGUGCACACGACGAGCUCCUCGUCCGAGGGCGACCGCGCCCACUCGGCGCCGGCCUCGCGCGUGCACUCGUUCCGCAGCCCGGAGCCGACCGGCCGGCGCAAGGAGGAGCCGGCGCGCAGCGUGCUCACGGUCAUGGCCGGCCGUGGCUACGUCAACUGGGGGCGGGCCGACCGCCGGAGCCCGGGCAGCCGGGCGGCCAACUCACACGACGCCCACCUGGUGCUGUGGGAGAUGAAGUUAUAGUGCACCGGGCCGCCACUAGGCGGAGGCCGCGUCUGGGACGGUGCCGAGGGCGGGGCGCUACCCAGGGGGCGGCCACGUGACGCGGCCCGGUAACCGUCCCGUGAUGAUCUGAUAGUCACGUGUCGCUCGAAUCUGUGUUGCGUGAAGCCGGCUCAUAUUCAUGUGUGAGUUGGUCACCAUUGCAAACGCAGAUGUGUGCACGUGGCGCGCAACUUAACAGUGAUCGUCAAGUAUUCUUGAAUUCUCGAGUCGCAUUUGGGCGUUUGUGCGUGACAUUGGUAUCAGUGAGGGUGCUACGUUGCAUCUCUUGCAUGUCAAUGCAAUCAUGUGAUGACUAUGUAUCAAAAUACGGUAAAACGUAUGCUAUUGUAUCGUAUAGAUGACAAUAUACGCAUCCCUGUGCUACGUG